AUAUUUUUUCAAGCUUUUCAAAAUUUCCAGUCACUACCAAGCACCACCUACAACCAUUAUUUCGCUCUCGGGUGAGCGAGCAAAAAGUCGCAGAAAUUUCCUGGCACCUUGCUCAACAAAAACCAAUUCUACUUCACGAGCUCUGCUCGACAAAAAAGCCGUUUCACCAAAUCGUGAAGGGGAGCUAUGUAUUUCAAUUUCCGAAAAGUCAGUGUUUGGAAAUCUGUGCAGAGCUGAACCCAUAAAUCUCAAAAAAUCGAUUACAAAUGAAAUAUUAGACAAUCAAAUUCUUGAGGUCGCAUAUGCGCAAUUUGACCCAACUACAUGUGGAUCAGAGAAAGGUUGCUUAUUUGCUCCGCCUGGUUGUCGGCCUGGGAUCGACUGCAUGAUCCAGUUUAGUUAUGUGCUCGUUACCGGAAUUGAAAAAAAUGUUUACAAUCAACUACAGCAAGCUUUGCAACGUUUUUCCUACCACGGAAUUUAAUA